CUAUCUUAAAAAAAAAAAAAAAAAGCCCUUAAGGUGGUUGGAGAGAAAUUAGGGGGUAUAUUUGGAAAGGGGUAAGUGUGAGUAGACAUAAGGUUUGUUUUUUUCUCUCCAGUGAAUAUUUUACUCAAACUGAGGAAAGUAGAGUGAUAUGCUAAUGUAGGGUAGGUUUUUUUUCAAGCUAGGUGCUGUGAUUCUCAACAGUGGCUGAGGAAGAUCAACUCUUAAUGCAUGCAGAUACCUGGGCCAGAAUCUGGAGGGUGGAACUGGCCUUUUAAAAAAGUUCUUUAUGUUAAAAAAUGUGGAUGUAGUGUUUGUGGGAGUAGUGCUAUAACUCAGAGCUUCCCAACUUCCUAAGCUGGCAGUAGUGGCCAAUAGUGAAUGAAUCAUGUGUGUGGCAAUCUUGCACUUGUUACUGUAUGUUAUAGCCAUCCUAGUGGGUGUGAAGCAUCUCAUGAUUUUGAUGUGUUUACAUUCGGACUAAUGAUGUUGACCAUUUACGUGCUUAUUGGCUACUUGUAUGUCUGCAAAAUAUCUUCCAGUUCUUUGCCCGUUUUGAAAUGGGUUAUCUCACUUAUUACAGAGUUUCAGGAGUUCCUUAUAUAGACUAGAUCUAAGGCCACUAUAAAAUAAAUUAAUUGCAAAUAUUUUCUCCCAUUCCAGGAGUUUUUUUCACUUUAUUGAUGGUAUCAGUUGCAGCAUAAAAAUUUUUAACUUUGAUGAGGUCCGGUUUAUUUCAUUUUAUUUGUGCUUUUGGUGUCAUAUAUAAGAGACCAUUGCAAAAUUUAAGACUGUGAAGAUUUACCCCCCAUAUAUUCUUCUGUUUUACAGUUUUAGCUCUUACAUGUAGGUCUAUCCAUCUUGAGUUACUUUUUCUAUAUGAUGUGAGAUAGGUGUCUAGCUUCAUUCUUUCACCUGUGGAUAUCUGUUUUCCUAGCACCAUUUGUUGAAAAGAUUAUUCUUUCUCUGUUGUAUUGUCUUUAUACCUUUGUGAAAAAUCAAUUGACCACAGAUCUUUGGGUUUAUAUAUGAAGUCUCAAUUCUAUUAUAUUGAUUUAUAUGUUACCUUUAUGCCAGUACCACACUGUCUUGACUACUGUAAUUUGUUACAAGUUUUAUGAUAGGAAGUAUGAGAUCUCUAACUUAGCUUUUUUUAUUUUUUAAGAUUGUUUUAACUGUUCUGGAUCUCUUCCAUAUUUAUAAGAAUUUUAGGAUCAGGUUGUCAGUUUCUGUAAAGAAACCAGCUGGGUUUUGAUAGGGAUAUGUCAGGUCUGUAGUUAGACUUGGUGCUUUUGUAUAUUAGCUUCUAGUAUUCUGUGUCAUCAGUGGCAUCUUCAUAUUAACUUGCAUAUGGCAGAUUAUAAAUUUGUUCUCUACAUAAUUUUGGAGCAUGAUUGUGGGCUAACCUACUAGUGAGAGUGGCUACUAUGCAGCUAAUAGUCUUCUGUAUUUGUGAAAAGGCAGGAGGAACAGGGCACUCAUUGUCUCAUGUCAGGAUGGAGAGAAUUUGGUUGAUUCAAGAGGUAUUUAAGCCCAGUCCCCUUGCCGAGUCCCUCCGCCGCCACCACGAUGAUGUGCGGGGUGCCCUCCGCUGCGCAGCCGGCCACCGCCGAGACCCAGAACGUCGCCGACCAGGUGAGGUCCCAGCUUGAAGAAAAAGAAAACAAGAAGUUCCCCGUGUUCAAGGCUGUGUCCUUCAGGAGCCAGGUGGUUGCGGGGACAAACUACUUCAUCAAGGUGCAUGUCGGUGAUGAAGAAUUUGUCCACUUGCGAGUAUUCCAAAGUCUCCCUCACGAAAACAAGCCCUUGACCUUCUCUAACUACCAGACCAACAAAGCCAAGCACGAUGAGCUGUCCUAUUUCUGACCCUGACUUUGGGCAGGGUCCUGCCACCAGAAGCCUGGUAAUUAAGUGAUUCUGCGUGGACCACAGCGUGCACUUGGGAUCAUAAAAUGAGUAUCUCCUGGCCGGAUGCAGCAGCUGCCCUUGCAUUUCUGUUCCUAAAUUUCAUUGUGUUGAUUUUUUCCCCCUUCCAAUCAGGGAUCUUAAUAUUUUUUGAAAUCUUUCAAAAUAUUUUCAAAAAAUAAAAUAUAUAUUAAAAAAAAGGUAUUUAACAGGUUGAAUCCACAGGACUUAAUAACUGGUAGAGUGUGAGAGAUAAGAUAGAGAACUAUAGAAAAGAUUAUGCUUAAGUUUUUUAGGCAGCCAAGAUGGGGAAUGUUGAAAAAGGAACUGAAUUCCUUCAACUUGAUUAUUUCUCUACCUAGACCUAUAGAUUUCUGGUCCCUCUAGGGGCUCAAGAGGUAGGUAUCCACAGAGCUCAAGAGGUAGGACAAUGCCAGGAUUUAGGAUGCAGGAAGGAAUACAAAAAUAUGUUAAGGCUGGAAGUGUUGAUAGAGUUACUACAUUAGGCAUAGGCAAGGUUUUAUCUGUAUGGAGACAAACAUAAUAGCUCUGAAUACAUCCACAGAAAUCAGAGCUUGCAUUCAAGGACAUCAAUACUACUGGGGACAGAAAGGUGAGGCAUCAGUACUGUAAGUGAAGAUAGACAACUUGAGACAUCAGUGUAGGCAGAAGUUAGGCUGGGGUCUCCAGAAUCAGAUGUUCAACUGACAGCAAGUGUGAAGGAGGACUUUGUCAGGGAGAACUGGGAUGAGUUUCCAGAACCAGGAGAGUAGAAUAAAUAUAAUGGCAUCUACCUGGAGUCCGAAGUUCUUCCGAACUAAUGUUUAUCAAAGAAAUUUUAAGAAUCAUCUACAAAACAUGUAAAAUGGAAAUUCCUGAAUCUUUCUCUCAGCAGGUCAAAAAGAAGCUCAAGUGAUUCUGCCACAAAUGGGAAUGUUGAUCAUAAUUUAAGAAACACUGAUGAAACUAUCAAAAAGACCAAUUUCAUUAUGAAAUCAGCAGGCUGCUGGGACGUAUGUCCUCUUUUGAGGUCUAGGACAAAUGCUAAUGUAUGAAUGGAGAUUGGGGUUGUCUAUCUGAGGUAGAGCUGUUACCGAAAAGGGGAUCUUGAUCCAGACCCCAAGAGAGGCUUGGAUCUUGCACAGGAAAGAAUUCAAGAUGAGUUGCAAAGUGCAGUGAGAAGAGAUAGUUUAUUGAAAGCUCCAUUACAGAGUAGGGGUCCUCAGGAAACAAGCAGAGGAAUGCACUGUCUUUAAAUUUUUCUUAUAUGGGGAUCUUCUCUAUGUAAAGACUAAGAUGUGUGUACAGGCAGAUAAUGCUGAUAGCAUGACCAAAUUUAGUCCUUUAUUGAUUUAAAGAACUCCAUCCUUGGCCAGGUGCAGUGGCUCACGCCUGUAAUUCUAACACUUUGAGGGGCCUAGAUGGGUGGAUCAUUUGAGGCCAGUUCAAGACCAGCCUGGCCAACAUGGUGAAACCCCAUCUCUACUACAAAAUAUAAAAAUUAGCCAGGUGUGGUGGUGCACACCUGUAAUUCUAGCUACUCAAGAGGUUGAGACAGGAGGAUCGCUUGAACCAGGAGGCGGAAGUUGCAGUGAGCUGAGAUCAUGCCAUUAUACUCCAGCUUGGGUGACAGAGCAAGACUCCAUCUCAAAUAAAUAAGUCAAUCCAUCCUUGACAUCUUAGUGUGUAAGUGCAUCAAAGCAUUAUUAUAAUUCUUGGAAGCAUAUAUUGUUAUGGGUAUUGGGACAUUUGGACUUUGUCUUGUAGGAGUUUAUUCUCACAGGUGUCUUGAAGCUGUUUUCUUAGCUGUGAACAUCUUAGGACCAUGGGUCAUGACUGGGAAGUUUAAGAUGGAGUUGAUUUUAAAAUGUGUCACUCUGGCUUUUCUAGGCUUCUGCUUCCCUAAUUCAGUCACAGUAGAUAGAUCUUUGGCGAGUCAUAUCCUGUCAUCUUCUAAAUCAGGGUUUCUUCUCCUGGUUGUGGGGGAGGGAGGGUAGAGCAGUUUGCUUAAGAACAUUUGGCAUUAUUCUGAGAAAUACAUGAUUGUCAUGACUGGGGAGGGUACUACUGGCAUCCAGUGGGUAGAGAGGACAAGGACACUGCUAAACAUACAGCAUGUGCAGAGUUCUCUCCACAGUAAAGAAUUGUCCAGUCCCAAACAUCAUUCUUGCUGCUGUUGAGAAAACCUGCUCCGUAUCCUGAACUGACAUAGGAUCUUGUAGUAAAGAGAAUAAUUGCUUGCCAGAUUCAAGAGACAUGGCUAAGGUAGUUAGAACUACUCUUUUUCUUUGGAGUUGCUAAAAUUAGCAAUAUCCACACCACUAAUGAAAGAAAUACUAAACUGUUUGGAAAGAAGGAUUAGGGAGAAGGGUAUGCAGUGAGACAGGAAAGCCUGAGGAACUCCCCUGAAGUCUUUUCCAUGAAUACUGAUCCAUGAGAGCAACUGUAUGCAUGGUAUUAGAAAUCCUUGUGAAAAGUGACCAGUAAAGAGAGGUCCAAUUUUCUAACAGUUUAGUUCAGAAAGCACUCAUAUAUUGUUUAGCUUCUUCUUUGCCUUGGGAAGUAAACCAGGAUUAUUAGUUUCCUGUGGCUGCUGUAACAAAUAACCAAAAAUUUGGUGACUUCAAACAAUGUAAAUUUAUUCUCUAACUGUUCUAAAGGCCAGAAGUAAUCCUGGCUCCUGCCUGUAAUCCUAGCACUUUGGGGGAACGGAGGCAAGAGGAUCACUUCAGCCGGGGUUUUGAGACCAACCUGGGCAACAUGGUGAGACCUCAUCUCUAGUAAAAAUUUAGCUAGUAGUGAUGGUGGUACACACCUGUAUUCCCAGCUACUUGGGAGGCUGAGGCAGGAGGAUCACUUGAGCCAAGGUGUUUGAAACUUCGGUAAGCUCAGAUUGCAUCACUGCACUCCAGCCUGGACAACAGAGCUGGACCUUGUCUUAAAAAAAUGAAAAAAGUAAUUUUUAAAAGGCCAGAAGUCAAAAGUCAAGUGUCAACAGAACCACAAUCCUUGUGGAGGCUCUAGAGAAGAAUCUGUUCUUUGUUUCUUCCAGUUUCUGGUGCUGUUAGCAUUCUUUGGCUUGUGGUGGCUGCAGCUCCCUCUGCUCUGUUUUUAUAUCUCAUUUUCUCUAUGUGUCCCCAAACUCAAUCUGCCUUUCUUUCCCAAGGAUACGUGUGAUCUCAUUUAGGGUCCUCCCAGAUAAUCAGAAAAAAACCCUUCAUCUCAAGAAACUCAAUCAUAUCUUUUGCUUUAUAAUAAUACUCAUGGACUGCAGGAAUUAGUGUGCAAGCAUUUCCUUCUUGGGCCUACCAUUCACCUCACUAUACAAAACAACAAUGCUACCCAUUUUAUAGAUUAUUUACUAGGUCAUGUGGCUAAUUAAUUGUGGAAUUUAGCAUUGAGCUCAAAUCCUGGUUUUAUCUUUCAUCACUGUAGGGUAUAUCAUAACAAGAAACAAAGAUGAGGGAAAAAACAGGCACAAAAAUAGAAGAGAGGAGAAAUAGGGAUUUGGAAAACAAGCUGCAGACUUGAGAUUCUGGACAGUAAGCAGAAAAAAAAUACUGCUGUGAAAAAUGUCAGCAGUGAGCCCAGGGACAAUUGCCAAUUAAUUUUUCUUUGUCACCACUCCUCCAAGUGGUUUAGCGUUCCAGGCCUGGGACUGUCUACAGUUGAAAUAAUCCCACUUACUUAAAAUAAUUUGUUUAGUGCCUUGCAGUUAAUGUUUCAUCGUUGGAAGGCACCAUAGUUAUUGGCCCCUCUAACAUUUUUUUAAGCUUAAGUUCUGUAAGACCUUGUUGGUUUGUAUUUUUAUAAAUCUUGCAAAUAGUUAAACCUUGCCAGAUGACUAACACUCCCAGGUAAAUGGUAAACAAAGUGGCUUUCAUUUUUUCUACUCCUUGUCCAACAUUUUCCUCCUGAGAGAGACCACUGUCUUUAGGCUAGCUCUUCACAACCUUGCUGGACAUUAGAGUUGACUGGGGGAGUUUAUUUAUUAGUUUAUUUUGAGACAGGGUCUUGCUCUGUUGCUCAGGUUGGAGUGCAGUGGCACAAAGAAGGCUCACUGCAGCUUCAACUUGCUGGUCUCAAGAGAGUCACCUCAGCCUCUCAUGUAGGAGGAACCACAGGUGCGUGCCAUCAUGCCUAGCUAAUUUAAAAAAAAUUUUUGGUAGAGGUGGGGUCGUGCUAUGCUGUCCAAGGCUGGUCUCGAACUUCUGGGCUCAAGCAAUCCUGUCUUGGCCUCCGAAAGUGCUGGGAGUACAGGCAUGAACCACUGUGCCCAGUCUCACCAAAGGAACUUUAAAAAAAAAACAGUGUUCCUGCCCACCUCAGACAAGUAAAGAGCCAGAGAGUACGACCUGAGAAAAGGGGUUCUCAAAUGUUUUUAAUUUUCAAAUUCACAUUUUAAAGUGGACAUAUAACAUUUUGCAUUUGAAGAGACAGGAUUAAAUUUCUAGCAUACUGGAAAUACUGACUUAAAAAGAUAAAAGUCAGAUCACUUUUGUAUAAUAGGUUCUAAAUACCAUAGUUAACAUACUUCUUAUUAUUCGGAAAUUUCCCAUCUUUCUAUUCCACAGCUCCUAUAGAAUUUUAUCCUACUAAUGUAAUAUAUUUUCAUGCUUGGAUGUCUUUUAUUUAUUAACUUACCAUAACUAUUCUGGAGCAAGGUAUCUAUAUAAAUUUGGAUUUAACUUUUAAGAUAUCCUGUGUCUUCAGGCUUUAAGUACUUAAAAUUUCUGCAUAGUGUGAUCAUUGUAAUUGUUGAAUGCACUUGAUAAAAGCAACAUUAAUGUAUUAUAAUUUGGUGGGAGGUAUAAAAACCGAAUUUCUACCUAUCAGUGAAAGAAUAAACUAAAUAAGGUGUAUUUAUAUGAUAGAAUGCUCAGCAAUAAAAAGUCAGAAAUUACUCAUAUGUACACUAGCAUGAACAAAUUUCAAAAAUGUGCUAAAAGAAGCCAGACAUAAAAGAGCAUAUACUGUAGGAUUCCAUUUAUAUUAAAACACUAGAAAAUGCAAACCAGUCGUAAGUGGCAAAAGCAGACCAUUAAUUCCCUGGGACUGGUGUAGAUGGAGUGACACACUGCAAAGCAUUGUGAGGAAACUCUUAGGGAUGAUGGAGAUGUUCUGUAACUUGAGUGUGGUGGUGAGUUCAGAGUGUAACCAUUUAUCAAAAUUUAUUGACUUGUACGGUUUGAAUGAAUAUGGCCUAUUGUACAUAAAUUACACUUCAAUAAAGUUAUACGUUUUAGGUUUUUAUAAAUAUUAACUAGAAAGUGAAAUUGCAUUGGAAAUAUGCAGAAGAAUAAAUCUUUACUCAAAGCAGUAAAA